GUUUGUUUAUUCAACAUUGGAAUUUUACAACAAAAAAACUAUAUUAUUUAUUUAAAAUACUUUUAACAACAAUAAGAAAUGGCAUCAAUAAAGCAAUAUAUUGUAUUGCUGGCAGCCAUGUCAUCCUUUGUUUACACUUUAUAUGUAGUAACACAUUUGGUCCACUUUUUGUCGGCGCCCCGCAGAACAUCUAAAAUCUAUACAUGGGUCUUCAAUCUAUUGGACAAUCAAUCACGUUUGGAAACCGCUUAUGGGCCCAUGGUGUUCAAUACUCUGUAUUUGAUCUUAUUCAUAUUUCAACACAGCUUCAUGAAAUCAUCCUUGGUAAAGAAACUUAUGCAAAGUAUUGGUUUGGCCUCUGCCGAACGGGCUAUUUAUAGUCUGACAUCAUCGUUAUGUUUACAUUAUUUAAUGAAGAACUGGUUAACGGCUUCCUCCAUUAUACUAUGGCAAGUUGAGGUCGAGACAAAUAAAUGGCUAUGGUGGUCAUUUGUUUUACUACAUGCUGUAGCCUGGCUGGUAAUAUGUGGUGGCAGUAUGAUUAUGGAUUUACCCAAGAUAUUGGGUAUUAAACAGGCUUAUUAUGACAUGAAAUCUUAUGCUCAACCCUUGGCAUACAAAUCCUUUGAAUUAAGACAUUUAUUCAAUCACAUCAGACAUCCAUCAUUUGUGGGUUUCGCUGUCAUUUUCUGGGCCACAAAUCUGAUGACUUUGGAUCGUCUCUUGUUGGCAAUUAUGUUAACGGCCUACAUGUAUUUUGGUUGGUCCACCGAUCACAGUGAUUUGAUUUAUCAAAAAUGUCAAUUGCAGCGUAAGAGGGAAGAAUUGAAAUCUCAAUAGAUGUGCUACUUGAUUGCAGUUACUACUUUCUUUUGUUUUCUAACAAACGUAUUCAUUUUAGUUACUUAAUCUUAUUUACUACCUACUAAAAACGUGUUCUUAGUUUAUCAUUUAUGCUUAACAUUGUAAACAUACAAUUUAAUAAAAUAUUUAACAAUUUUAUUUUUUACAUACA